UUUGCCUUAAAUAGUGCAGUUAUCCGGCCGCUCUGCCUUGGGACUGCGAGAUCGGACUGCAGCCGCUCAAUCUGUACGACUUCAUCCGCUGCUCCACAGCAAUCACUUCCUGUGUCUCUGUCUACAGCGUGUUUGUAAAGGGACAAAAUGAACGGGACGGUGGACGGGAUGUACGACCACGCUCCUCAUGACGGCUCCUUCAUGUUCACCUCCGAGUCUGUGGGAGAGGGACACCCCGAUAAGAUCUGUGACCAGAUCAGUGACGCCGUGCUGGACGCUCACCUGAAGCAGGACCCCGACGCCAAAGUGGCCUGUGAGACGGUGUGUAAGACCGGCAUGGUGCUGCUCUGUGGUGAGAUCACGUCCCGAGCCAACGUGGACUACCAGAAGGUGGUGAGAGACACAAUCCGAGACAUCGGCUACGACAACUCAGACAAAGGCUUUGAUUAUAAGACGUGUAACGUGCUGGUGGCCCUCGAGCAGCAGUCCCCUGACAUCGCACAGGGAGUUCACAUCGACCGCGUGGAGAGUGACAUCGGGGCCGGAGACCAGGGUCUGAUGUUCGGAUACGCCACAGAUGAGACAGAGGAGUGCAUGCCCCUCACCGUCGUCCUCGCACACAAACUCAACUCCAAGAUGGCCGAACUGAGACGCGACGGCACCGUCCCCUGGCUCCGCCCCGACUCCAAGACACAGGUGACGGUUCACUACAGCCAAGAAAACGGCGCCGUGAUCCCCAUGAGGGUUCACACCGUGGUGAUCUCAGUGCAGCACGACGACUACGUGAGCCUGGAGGAGCAGAAGAGGAUCCUGAAGGAGAAGGUCAUCAAGGCCGUGGUGCCGUCCAGGUACCUGGACGAGGACACCAUCUACCACCUGCAGCCCAGCGGACGCUUCGUCAUCGGUGGACCUCAGGGCGAUGCUGGAGUGACAGGCAGGAAGAUCAUCGUGGACACAUAUGGCGGUUGGGGGGCCCAUGGAGGCGGGGCAUUCUCUGGGAAGGACUACACUAAGGUGGACCGCUCAGCUGCGUACGCCGCCCGCUGGGUGGCAAAGUCUCUGGUGAAGGCCAAACUGUGCAGGAGGGUGCUGGUGCAGGUGGCGUAUGCGAUCGGAGUGGCCCGCCCGCUCUCCAUCUCCCUGUUCACCUACGGCUCCUCUCAGAUGAACGAGACGCAGCUGCUGCAGAUCGUCAACAAAAACUUUGACCUCAGACCCGGCGUCAUCGUGAGAGACUUGGACCUGAAGAGACCGAUCUACCAGAAGACGGCCUGCUAUGGACACUUUGGCAGGAAGGAGUUUCCCUGGGAGGUCCCAAAGGACCUCAACUUCUAG